CUCAUUUAUGACGUCACGACCAACUUGUUCAACUAUGUCCGCACUAAUCAACUUCGUUGUUACGUCGAUUGUUUUUUAUCACAAAGAUGAUAAUUCCGUGUAUUUAAACGAUGGAAUUUGUAUUGUGACCUCAUAAAGGAUUUCUUUUCCAAGGGAAUGACCUGCCAUGUGCAAAAGUUCAGGUCUGAAAAAGGGACCCCAUCCUUUUGAACCUUCAACAUAACAGUGGAGCAACAGCACCUUCACAGCUCACUCACUCCACCUAGUGACCAUCCUCAGUACUGCAACCCACUACCACCUCCACAACCAAGCAGCAGAAUGGAGAACCAACCCAACACUGUUACCAAUCCUAUGACCACUCAGGGCCUCCAACCGUUGGCUUAUCAGCAAGGUUAUAUAGUCCAACAACAGCAACCUUCGCAACCUUACAGACUGCCUAGUCCUAUACAGCCAGAAUUCCCUGUGAUCACAAACAACUUUCCCGUCGGCAACGUUACUCAAUCCCAGAUGAUGCAGCCAAGAGGUAAUGAUUGUGUACUACAGAGAAACAGCGGUGGGUCCACUGCGCUGAUCUCACCACAGUACUUUCCAUUCCAAGUCGUGAGGCCGUAUUACAGUCCUCACAGACCCCAGCCACAUGCCGCCAUGCCUUAUGCCAGAAACUAUACUGAUCAGAACAUGGAAGUUAGGACAGCAAUGACAGAUCCCCAGACAGGCGCUUGGAAUAGAAUGCAGCAGCCGGUGUAUGAAGAAUCCCCACAGAAGGGGACAGGCACCGAGGAAUCAGCACCAUGGACAGCUAACCAGCAGAUGAAACAGGCAGCCAAUGUUGGGGCAGCCUCCUCAGGCUCAGGGCACAAGCCGCCCUGUGCAGUCUGCCACUGUCCAUCCACCGGUCUGCACUAUGGAGUGUACGCCUGUGAGGGGUGCAAGUCCUUUUUCCACAGGGCACAUAAAAGAGCCCACCCCUACGUGUGCCCGGCCAACAACAACUGUGUGAUUGACCGCAGGCUGAAGAAAAACUGUCCUGCCUGCCGACUCAAGAAGUGCCUGGCUAUGGGCAUGUCUUUUGAAGAACAUGCUGUACCCAACAGAGCAACCAAGAAGAAACCCAAGAAGACCAAACGAUCUCCCAAGAGGGCAAAAAAAUCUCACCCCGACCCCCCUGCAGAAGAAACACCCCCCGAGCAACAACUCAUAGUGAGCCCCACCCUCCCCCUGUAUAACCCCACGGUGCCGCUGAUCUCACAUCUCGUCAGUAUUGAGCCUAACCCCAUCCUGACGGGGUACAACCCACAGUGCACACCCACUGAGGGGUAUCUCAUGGCACUGGUCACAGAUCUGGCCAACAGGGAGAUAGAAGGGCUGGUGGACUGGGCUGCACGGCUGCCAGGUUAUGGCAUGCUCCCAAUGGAUGAUCAGGUCAACCUGAUCCGAACGGUGUGGUUAGAUCUUCUGAUGUUGGGGUUGGUGUGGAGGUCCAUGGAACAUCGCGGGGAAUGGCUGGUGUUUGCACCCGACCUGCUCAUGGACAGAUCGCUGUGCAGACUGUCCGGUAUGGAGUACAUCUGCACACCCAUGCUGGAGUUUGCCCGGCAGUUUGCUGACCUGCAGGUGCCUCAGGAGGUCUAUGUGUGUCUCAAGGCACUCACUUUAUACACUACAGCCGUGAGCAGGCUUCAGGACUACCGCCAGGUGCAGCGGCUUCAGCAUGAGAUUAACGAAGCCCUAGCGGAGGCCUGUAGCAGCACCUUCGGUUUCUCCCCCGGGAACAUCGCACGGCUCAUGAUGAUCGUGUCACAGGUCCGUCAGCUGAGCUCGCUGGGCGUGGACCAUCUCAACAGGCUACGGGGGGCAGAGACUGUCUCUGUUGAAGGCUUGCUGAGAGAGAUAGUUGACGAGCCCCCGAGGAUCACAGAGAUAGAAGACUCACCUGUGUCUGCUGAAGGGAACAAGACAACGUCUAGGUCUGCGGGGAGAACAGAGUGUGCAGCAUCUACAUCAUGUACGGCACAAGACGAAGCUGUGGAGAACUCGGCAGAGGCGGAAGCAGAGGCGGCAGAGUUUGCUGCACAACUGAAGGAGGUCAUGGAGGGAGAGGCGACGACGAUCGCUGAUGUCAAAGCCAUGGCCGAUCAGAUGGGCAUCGAGAUCCUAGAUCUGGAUUAAUCAGGAUUAUUGUAAUCGAGCUUGAUCCAGCUCAGUCUACUUUCAAUUGACAGGAUCAGUACCAGUGUUAGGCCACGUCGAUUUAAUUUGUUGGUUCUUGAAUUUAUUAAAAAAUGUGCUUAACUGGAAAAAUCA